AUGGUACAAAUCACUGCAAUAGUUGUUGUAAUGGCUACUCUGUUCACAGGCGGCAUUUUGAGUAGGCUACUAAGUUCAACAAUGCGAGAACCUAGCAUCCCAAAACAUAGCCUAUGGCUGCAACUCAAGGGAGAGAAAAAACAUCAUAACUCCUCCAAAUUUUCAAAUAUUUGA